AAGAUCAUGAAGCUUUGAAUUGGUCUUCUUAAUCUAAUUUUAGGAUGUUUAAAUUGAAAUUGAAACGAAGAAUUUGAAAGGCUCUUGACGAUCAUUCUCCUCUGUCUUCGCUGAUUUUCUCUCCGUGUUUUUACAGAACAUCCAAGGCAGGUUACAACGAAUCCGCCAUAGCCAUGGAGAAUCAGAGCAGCGCCUGUCUGUCCUACGAGAAGCUUAACGGCGUCGCCACCUGGCUCGGCACCAGCGUCGCCUCCGCCUUCUUCGCCUCUCUCGAGCGCUGUUCCUGCAUCAAUCUCUCAACCUCCGACGACCAUGAAGAUCCCGAUGAGGCUCACGAUCGCCCUCUCAUGUACUGCACUUCCACUUCUUCCUCCGUCAUUCGCAGCUUCGAACCGCUUCCUCCGCCGGUCAAUGACGUUGCCAAUCUCCCCGUCUGAGCGUCGUUCUCCAUGGAUCUGAGGAACAUGGGCACACACAGCUUGGUUAACAUAAAGCUUUCACAGAAAAGGCAGAAGAACAUUCAAUGUAGAAAGAAUAUUUGGGUAUCUCUCUUUCUCUUUUUGUGUUCAUCUUGUAAUCAGUUGGUUUCUUAACUGUAAACUCCUGCAAAGUAAAUGAACAAGUUAUU